AUGAAGCUGGCAUUGCUCUCCCUUCUCUUCCCCCUCGUCAUGGGAGCCCCCAACAAGCGGGCUUCCCCAUUCGUCUGGUUUGGCUCCAAUGAAUCUGGCGCUGAAUUCGGCCAGAACAACCUCCCCGGUCUCCUGGGCAAAGACUACAUCUGGCCGUCGGCGUCGACCAUUGGAGAGGGAAUGAAUAUCUUCCGCGUUGCUUUCAUGAUGGAGAGGCUGGUGCCGACUACUAUGACGGGGACGGCAGAUGCGACGUACAUGGGAGAUCUGAAGAAGGCAUUCAAGGCAAUCACCGAUCUUGGGGCCUACGCACUGAUUGACCCGCAUAACUUUGGGCGAUACUAUGGCAACAUCAUCACGUCGACGUCGGACUUUGCCGCCUUCUGGACCACCGUGGCUAAGGAGUUCGCGUCAAACGACCACGUCAUCUUCGAUACCAACAACGAAUACCACGACAUGGACCAAACCCUCGUCCUUAACCUCAACCAAGCCGCUGUCAACGCCAUCCGAGCAGCCGGCGCAAUCAACCAAUACGUCUUCGUCGAGGGCAAUUCCUGGAGCGGCGCGUGGACCUGGCCCGCCAUCAACGACAAUCUCAAAACACUAACGGACCCCUCCGACCUCCUCGUCUACGAAAUGCACCAGUACCUCGACAGCGACGGGUCGGGGACGAGCCCGACCUGCGUGAGUAGCACGAUCGGCGCAGAGCGCAUCGCAGCCGCCACCAGCUGGCUGCGUGAGCACAACAAGCGUGGCUUCCUAGGCGAGUUUGCUGGUGGUGCGAAUGACGUGUGCAAGCGCGCUGUGGUCGGUAUGCUGGACUCGCUGGUUGCCAAUGCGGAUGUCUGGAUGGGUGCCGCUUGGUGGGCGGCGGGUCCAUGGUGGGGAGAUUAUAUGUUUAAUUUGGAGCCCCCGACGGGGACUGGUUUCGCUUAUUAUAUGGAUACGUUGAAGGGGUAUGUUGCGGGGGGUACUCCGGGUGGUGGGAGUACGACUACGACGACGACUUCUACAGCGACUCGCACGACUACAGCGACGGCGACGGCGACUGGUGGUGAGGGUGUUGCGCAGCACUGGGAGCAGUGCGGUGGGGGUGGAUGGACGGGUCCGACUGUCUGUGUCAGUCCGUAUAGUUGUGUCCGGUCGACUGAGUGGUAUUCGCAGUGCCUGUGA